CUCCAAGAAAAAAAAAACGGGGACUCGCAUCGCAGGCAGGCUGACGCGGCGCUCGGAGCUCGCGGGCUCAAAAAGAGGGUGCUGCAGGCAUGGAGCACAGGUGAGAGUUUAUUCAUGGGGUGCAGCAGCAUCGUUAUCAGCCCACCACAGACUCUGCUAGUAGCUGCCAUCUAUCUGUAUCUAUCGCCAUGGUGAGAAAGAGCUCGUGGACCUUGACUCUAUUGCCAUGGUGACCCUGUAGCAAAAACCCAGUGACUCCAAUCUGUUGCCCCGGUGAUCACAUAAAAAGAGCCAGGCAGGUAACUAUUUCAAUCUGCUGCCAUGGUGAUGGUGUAAGAAGCAACAGUCACUAUGGGAACGUCCAGGAUGUUCCGCGUUUUUGUCGUCCUGGGCUCGGCCUUUAUGAUCCUUCUGAUCAUCAUCUACUGGGACGACGUCGGAGCCUCUCAUCUGUAUUUGCACACUCCUGUGUCACCGGGCCCCAAAAUCCCACACCCCCCUCCUCCUCAUCAGCAGCCUCAAACCUCCCGGACCCCAUCCUUCCUGUCCGACAUCGAUGCCUUCGUUAACCAGUUCUUAGAGCCGGGAACUGGUGAGCCCACGGACCCCGUCCCCGCUGACACAAGUAACCAAUCGGAGAAAGCAGAGGAGCGGUAUAUUCCGCGGCGGGAGUGGAAGAUUCACCUGACUCCCGUGGCAGCCGAGCUCCGUGAGAGACAGGAUCAGAGGCGGCGGUUACUUCAGGAGAUGUGCGCUAAUGACAGCGUGGUGUUUCCUGGCAAAAACCGUUCGUUUGACGACAUUCCCAACAAGGAGCUGGAUCACCUUAUAGUGGACGACAGGCACGGCAUCAUCUACUGCUAUGUUCCCAAGGUAGCGUGUAGUAACUGGAAGCGCAUCAUGAUAGUUCUGAGUGAAAGCCUGCUGCGGGACGGUGUUCCCCAGAGAGACCCGCUGGCCAUCCCCAGGGACCUGGUCCACAACAACAGCAUGCACUUUACCUUCAACAAGUUCUGGAAACGUUACGGAAAGUUUGCAAAGCACCUCAUGAAGGUGAAGCUGAAGAAGUACACCAAGUUUAUUUUUGUGCGGGACCCCUUUGUGCGUCUCAUUUCGGCCUACCGGAAUAAAUUUGAGCUGCGCAAUGAGGACUUCUAUCGCCGCUUUGCCCAGGUCAUGCUGCGCCGCUAUGCCAAUCAGCCGACGCCUCCCGCCUCCGUGGACGAGGCAUUUGGUGUGGGCAUCCAUCCCUCCUUCUCCAACUUCAUCCAGUACCUCCUGGACCCUCAGACAGAGAAGGAGAUGCCCUUUAAUGAGCACUGGCGGCAGGUGUAUCGGCUUUGCCACCCAUGCCAGAUUCAGUAUGACUUUGUGGGCCACCUGGAGACGGCGGAGGAGGAUGCCGAGCAACUGCUACGCCAGCUGCGGGUGGACAAUGUGGUGGAGUUCCCCACCUCCCACAGGAACCUCACAGCCAGCAGCUGGGAGGCCGAUUGGUUCAGCACAGUGCCCGUCGAGGCGCGGAGAGAACUCUACAAGCUGUACGAACCUGACUUCAGGCUCUUCGGCUACGACAGACCAGACUCAAUCCUCAAUGAGUGACUCGCGUUUCUACAAAACUGACCCGGCCACACACAGACAACGUGUUUUUUUAAUGUAAUGAAAUAAUGUUACACUCCAACAACAGUGACACCUCCCGUUGCUCUGGGCUUCGCAGGUGUGUCCUCCGGUCUUGGGUGUCCUACGCUGAAUGUGCACCUUAUUAGGGACUCACUGCUCCAAGAAAAGCACACUUAAAGCUGUUUCAUGCUUCUUGCGUUCAGCGCUGUCGGGGUGAAGUGGACGGCGAGCAUGGUCACCGCUAGGGUUGGGUACCGAGCUCUUAACUUUUUUGGGUACUGACCGAAUUACGUCGGUACUACCAAGGACCGAUUCAUGCUAAAUCAAACGGUUAAAUUUCGGUACCUGUGAGCGCAUAAGCUUCACACAGACAGCGUUCGCUGUGAUAUGAUAUUAACGGCGAGGGGAAAGCGGUGACUGACUGACAGGCUGAGGUUGUAAGCCAAGGCAACUUUGCACCUUACUACAGCACCUUUCAGCAACAAGGCAAUUCAAAGAGCUUUACAUGAAACAUUAAAGAGCAAUUAAAAAUGGUCACGAUGAAAAUAAAUAGAGUAAUAUACAAAUAGAGAAUAAAAGUUACAGUGAGUGAGAAAUGAAUAAUUAUUCAAUUUAAUAGGUUGUACUGUAGG